AUGAUAAUUCUCCAACUUCGAGUCUCCCUCCGCACGGUUUCUUCGCCAUUCGUCCUCAGCGACCGCGACGAAAAGGAAGAAUUCAAGGUCAGCGUGUUCUUCUUGCACCGCUUGCAACCCGCUUGCACUCGCUCCACCUCGCAUUAUGCAUGUACGCGAGUCUUAGCCGAGCGCGGUAAAACGCGGAAGAUUCACGAACUGUCGGAGGAGAUCUCGUCGUCGGCGAACGAUCGGGCUUCCAUCGGUAAACGGGACGCGGUGUGCAUCUCUCCUCAUCCGGGGAUAUCAUCGACGGCGAGUCACGAACGAGUUGCGCGCGAGAUCGGGAACCGAAAUGAUAAAGACGCCAUUUCCAAAGGAGCUCUCCUAUUGGCUAUCGACCGCAUCGAAGCGAAGCCAGCGAAAGAGAGGGGGCGCUCGUGUGCGCGCGGCUUAAGGGUGUCCGAUGGCGUUCGGAGCGCGCACGUCUCCGCGGCCAUUUCCGGUACUCCGUCGCGCGGACAAGACGCUCCGCGAGUGUUCCCUUGCGUUGGUGUUCGGCGAUUUUUUUUCCGCCUCGGAGAUUCGCGUGUGUCGGCGUGCGACGUCUCGGACUGCAUCGUCGUCGCGCGCGAACAUGCGGGCGUAGGCCUGGAUGUGAUGCACGAGCGGGUUUGCGGACGUGUCGCGCGACAAGUCCGGGGGCACGGUGAGUGUAAAUAGCGCGUA